CGAAUUCCGCCACACGGUGGCUCUGUCCUUCUGCUGUCGAUGCUCCUCUUCCUCCAGCCUCCGCGGUCGUGUGGUUCUUCCUCUCUUCCUCCAACCCUCCAGCCUGCUCCACUCCACUCCACCCCCACCCUCCCCCAGACUCGUACAGCUCUGUCCAGUCUCCAACCUCGCUGCACAGUGCACACGCACCGCCGCUCCUCCAGCUCUGUGCAGCCCGCUGUGAAGAUGGUCGGCGGCUUGUGUGCUCGCAGGCUGGCCCGUCGGUCUCGGUCCGCCCUCAUCGUAGCCCUCACGGUGCUGCUGGUGCAAACGCUGAUCGUGUGGAACUUCAGCAGCCUCGACUCCGGUGAAGAUAGCCGGGGAGACAUCGGCUCCAACGUGCUGGAGAAGAGGGACCGAGUAGCGGGCAACAAAGCCGCUGGCAGCGACUAUUUCCAGCAUGGGUUGCAGAGGCAGCAGCGGCGGCAUCUUCCGCCGCCUGAAAGAGGAACAUCUCGUCACAUACAGCAGCCGGACGGAUACUAUUCCCAUCGUCCGAAGGAGAAAAGUAAAGUGGACAGCAACAAUGAGAACUCUGUGCCAAAAGACUUUGAUAACAUAGACAAUAGUAACUUUGGUGCACGCUCUCAACCGCAUCGGCAAACCGCCGGAGGCACCGGGAGGAGGCAGCAGCGAGAGCAUCUGCAGGAGAAGGCUCCCGGCCAGCAACACUCCCCCAACCUGCUUCGCGGCUCUAACGAAGUGCUACCUUUAAACCAGCAAUCACUGGCAGUCGCUAAUAACACACGCCCUGGUGGUCAAGGCGCGGUCGCAGGAGGGCCUCGGCAUCGUGCCUCACACCAGUCCCAACACAGGCACCAGCACCCCCACAAAAGGCAGGCGACUGCAGCGCCCCUGGAGGUGACCUACGACCAACCACCCAAGUGUGAAAUCAGUGGGAAGGAAGCCAUCUCAGCUCUGUCCAGAGCCAAGAGCAAGGACUGCAGGCAGCAGAUCGCAGAAGUCUACUGCAGACACAAGGAGGGACAGCUAAUGCCUGAAAAGGUCAACCGCUACUGUCCCUUAGAGGGAAAAGCCAACACUAAUGUCCAGUGGGAUGAGGAUUCUGCAGAGAGUUUUUCAUCAAAUCCAGUGCGAAUAGCCUUUGUCCUGGUGGUUCAUGGACGCGCCUCUCGUCAGUUUCAGCGUCUCCUCAAAACAAUCUACCAUAUAUCUCAUUACUACUACAUACAUGUUGAUCAGCGCUCCAACUACCUUCAUCGGCAGGUUAAGGCCUUGGCUGCUCAAUAUCCCAACGUGAGGGUGACACCAUGGCGCAUGGCCACCAUCUGGGGUGGUGCUAGUCUCCUGACCAUGUAUCUUCGAAGUAUGGCGGACCUGUUGUCUAUGAGGGAUUGGAGUUGGGAUUUUUUUAUCAACCUCAGUGCUGCCGACUAUCCCAUCAGGACAAACAACCAGUUGGUGGCCUUCUUGUCCAAAUACAGAAACAUGAACUUCAUCAAGUCUCAUGGCAGGGACAAUGCUAGGUUUAUCCGUAAACAAGGCUUGGAUCGUCUCUUCUAUGAGUGCGACACCCACAUGUGGAGGCUGGGUGACCGUAAAAUCCCAGAGGGCAUCUCUGUGGAUGGAGGAUCCGACUGGUUCCUUCUGAACCGCAUGUUUGUAGAAUAUGUUAUCAACUCUAAGGACGAUCUGGUCACCAAUAUGAAGCGGUUCUACGCCUACACUCUGCUGCCUGCUGAGUCAUUCUUCCACACUGUGUUGGAGAACAGUGCCUACUGUGAGAGCAUGGUGGAUAACAACCUGCGCAUCACCAACUGGAAUCGUAAAUUGGGUUGUAAAUGCCAGUACAAGCACAUUGUUGACUGGUGCGGAUGUUCCCCUAAUGACUUCAAGCCUGUAGACUUCCACCGCUUCCAGCAAACGGUGCGUCCCACCUUUUUUGCCAGGAAGUUUGAAGCCAGUGUGAACCAAGAGAUAGUGAACCAUCUGGACGCCUACCUGUUUGGACCAUUUCCACCGGGGACGCCCGGCUUAAACUCGUACUGGGAGAAUGUGUAUGACGAGCCAGAUGGUGUGGCCAGCCUGUCGGACACAAAGCUCACCUACUACCAUUCCUUCUCAAGACUUGGCUUGGCCCGUGCUGCUGCCUCGCUGCAAGGAAACCCAAUGGAUCACAGCUGCAGGUAUUUCCCCAUGGGCCACCCGGUGUCGGUGCACCUCUACUUCCAAUCUGACCAGUUCCAGGGCUACCUUGUCAGGCACCAUGCCACUAAUCUAGCAACAAGCAAGCUCGAGACAAUGGAGACCUGGGUGGCUCCUAAGAAGAUCUUCAAGUUAACCACACCUCCAAAAAGCACAUUCAGCAGGUUGCUGUUUGCAGAGAUCGGUACAGAGUGGGAUGCCAAAGAACGAAUUUUCAGAAACUUUGGUGGAAUGAUGGGCCCCAUGGAUGAGACGGUGGGAAUGCAGAAGUGGGCAAAAGGCCCUAACAUUACAGUAACAGUCGUGUGGAUCGACCCGACCAACGUCAUCGCAGCGACCUACGACCUUCUUAUCGAUGCAACUGCUGAGUACACCCACUACCGACCACCACUCAAUCAGCCUCUGCGUCCUGGAGUUUGGAGUGUCCGCAUCCUGCACCACUGGAGCCCUGUGGCUGAGAUGCGUUUUCUUAUCGCCCCUUUGGCUUACAAUAAGCACCAGCCUAUACGGCAAGAGGACACUUUGAAGUUGCACAAUGGGCCAUCCAAAAACAGCUACAUGGAGCAGAGUUUCCACGGCCUCAACCCAGUACUCAACAUCCCCGUCAGCCUGGGCUAUGUAGAACAGGCCAAGAGGAACGCCGCCCUGACCAGCCCUGAGCUGGAGCACUGGAUCGACAGCCUAGUGAGCGAUCUGUGGGAGGCAGCAGACAUCUGCGCCGUGGGACCAACCGCUUGCCCCGUCAUGCAGGCCUGCCCCAAGAACCCUUGGAGCUCACUGAGCCCCGACCCCAAAUCCCAACUGAGAUCACUGAAUGCUGAUGGGCGCAUCAGGUAGCGGCGAGGCCUCCAGCUGGACAGGAGGCCACAAGAUUCAUUGUUGAUUUGUUUUUAUUUAUUUAUGAGCUUGGUUGCAGUUGCUGGACAGUGUCAAUGUUCUCCUUCUGUCUCGGGAGACAAAGGGAACAACAGUGAUCAAUGUUAGCAAUUUUCACCCCGCUUUUAGGGGAACCUGCUCUCUUUGCUUUGUUUCGCAGUAUAUUUAUUUGUCUUCUCAUGUGAGUUGUACUGUGAUCAAAUCUUGCAAUUUCAAGCAUUUAUUUUGCUGCUCAAUGAAUUCUGAAUUAAGAUCUUAAAUCGUCGGCCACGACGGCUAAUGUGACACUCUGCUACAAAAAAGGCCUUAGCUGUGCAACAUGUGAGCAGGACACCUGGUACCAGAUUAAUUUACAUGUGCCUCCCAAAGUUUAUGUCAACAUAAACAGCACCCUAUCCAAGGUAGCAAAAGAUUUAUUUCGAAACGACUCCAAGAAGAAUCAAUAUUCACUGCCUUUAAGGGAGUUGAAGAAGCCAAUUACUGUAAAAUGUAAUCAUUAGAGUAAAUACAACACACAACUUGUUUUAGUUGAGUGCCUGAUCAGGGACUGCAGUAGCCAGCCAAACCAUCUGCUGCAGUAACAAAUACGCAGAAAAAAUGCAAAGACAAAGGCCUUCUUCGCUCAAUCUACAUUUUGAAAAUUCUGGUACAACUUGGGGUCUAGCAUUUGUUAAUUAAGCGGUAGAAUUUUAGGAUUCAUUUUUCCAACAGUGAGUGGCAGACGUUUCAAUAAUUGGACUUUUUUGUUUGUUUGUUUUUUGUCCAGCUCGCUUUUCUUACCAGCCUGCCUCAAACUUGAAUCACAAUAAUUCCAAGCUGACCUUAAAAGUUGUCAUCUUUAUUUCCCAGAUCAUUUCAGUGACACUUUACGUUGUACAGAAUUUUAGAAGUCGAAAAAUUGUGUGAAUGAGGGUCCACAAGUCACUAUUUAUUUUUACGUUUAUAUUAAUACUGAUAUUUUUAGUCAGUGACUAAAUAAUUGCGACGCUGCCUUGGUAGCAUGGUUAAAUAGUUCUAGUUUUUUUCUUUCUUGUUUUUGUUAAUAAAAGCUGCCUUUAUUUACAAAGGCCAACAACCCAAACAUAUACUAUACCUUUGUCACAGCCCCCACCUAUGUGUCAGUAAGUGUUGUCGUGUCAGAAUAGAUCUUGUCUUGGUUUGCCAAGCGGAAGCAAUCUGAAAGCUGAAAGGUCAACAACCUUGCGACCUUACCAAUUCUUUGUGAGGAGAAGCAGUUAAGUGUCGACUGCUUCCCAGGAUUUUAAGAAUGCUUGUGAGUGGUUGUGCUUUUCAUGCUGUGACAAUGAUGUACAGAUUCACAGGAAUAUUAUCACGUGUCUUCAUUGCAACAACGCAUAUUCAGAUUUAAAGCUUUCCAAUUAUAUCUACAUUAAAACUAUGUCAUGCUGUCAUAAAGACAAUUGCUGACAAGUUCAUCACAGGAGGAAGUUUCACCUCAACACACUGACCUCCUGUGUCUGUCAACAAUGUUAACGACCAUACGGUUAAUGUGUUUUUUAAUGGUUCAUUUAUAUAUGCAGGUAGUCCCUGGGUUACGACGUACUCGGCUUACGUGAUUUUGACUUUACGACGCUGGAGUCGCGUCGCAUUUUGUCUCCAUUCUUUUUUUUUUUUUUUUUUUUUUUUUUUUUUUUUUGUCUGUCACAUAAACAGUACUAUAUUGUAACUCACAGUAUUUUGAUUCUUACUUUACUUGAUAAAGACAUGUUCUGUCCUCACUUAAUGUGACGUUGUUCAGCUUGACGGACAGCAAACAAGGCAAUUGUGGUUUUUGAAGUUUUUUACUUCCUUCACUUUUGACAAUUUGUAAAGAUGUAACACACAUAUGUACACUUAUGUUCAAAAACGAUAUGGCGGAAAACGGGAAACGGGUGAAGUUCCUCUCUGAGAGGCCAAAUUUCAAAAUUGUCAUAUAUGCAUGUGUGAUAUAUCAUUGGAAAGUGUAAAAUCUCAAUUUUCUGGGGGAAGAAAAAAUUUGAACAAAAAGGCAUUUAAAAACAAAAUUUAACCCCUAAACCUUAACUCGAGGUAAGAGCAUGACAGCUCAUAAUUAAAGACACCAUUGUGUAAAGACACAAUUAAAGACACCCACAUGGCGUCUCCGCUCGUCUGCGUGGCUGUCGCGCGCUCCGGUGGGGGGUCCCAGUGCCGGGAUUGGCGAUGGGGCGGCGUAGGGUUGGUCGCCAACGGGUUUACACUCACAAGGGAUUCACAAGAUUACUGAGUUCUAGUUCACAGAGCUUAUUUGUGUACACUUUACCCCUUUGAAUCAUUUAGCUUAUAGACUCCCCCACCCCCGUCCCCCUCUUUCCCUGGUCAACAGGCCCCCCACAUGGUGUCAACCGGAAAUACAUCUAGCUGACUGUAGUACCAACAUAUUAGUAAUUGGUCUAGAUGUUCGAUGUAUUUCUUGUUGUAGUUUGUGUUUUUCUUUCUUCUCUUGGGUUUCUUUUCUUCUGUUCACCCAUAACCCCUUCCUGUUCGCUGCUUUGUCAUAAUAAACGAGGUCUGUUGAGUGAUCACAAUGGGAAAAUGUCAGACUCUCAAUGUGAAACAUUAAAACUGCUCAGACUAUCCGGGCACUUAGACUUCCAUUCUCCGUGUCAAACAGCUGAACAGGACAGGUUUAAAAAAUUUGUUUUUUUUUAAAUAAAGACACCAUGAUUUUAAUGAGAUAUUAACGGGUGCUAACCUUGUUUUAAUCCAAAACUUCCAUGUAGCAUGUCUCACCGAGUGUCAAGACACAGCUGUGAAUGGCCACAGCCGGACAUUUUGGGGAUUUUUUGGGUGAAACACGGUAAUAUAACAAGGGUCGCAAUGCAGAAAUGGCAGACAUCAAGGAGUGGUCAAGAUUUUCCUUUACAAAUAUUUACCCUUUUAAACAUUUUUUAAUUUCAUUUUCUUUGUUUGGAUUGAUUAUUUAUCAGUUGAAAUAUCUGGGAAAAUGCGACAGCAACAAAAAAAAUACAAUUAAGCGAUAGUUAUGAGGUAGACAUCCGUGACCUAUUUACAGACACUAUUUUUUCAUUAUGAUGUAAUUUGUUUAAAAGUUUAUAAUAUGCGAGUGAAUAAUUUUAUAAAGUCGUUUUUUGUUGUUGUUUUUUACGAAAUAUUAGACAUCAAUUAAUGAUUUGAAGCUAAAAAUGAUAGACAUUUCGGAUGUUAAACAUAAUAAUUUACCUUCUUUUUGUGGCUGGGUUGAAACAAAAGUGGUUGUGCGGUGUUUGUAAACGGGGGUCUCCAGGGUAAAAUGGACACAUUAAAAAUAGUUCGGGGACUUAAUGCGCCAUGAAACUGCUAUGGCAGCAUGUAGACACUCUUAUGAUCAAAAUGUGUCAAACCCUCACCAGUAUCAAACACAAAAGUUCUUUUGGCGUAAAAUACAGAAGUUUAUUUUAAAGAGGGGUGCAAGAGCAGAAACUGCUUUUUCAGCCUUGUGUUUUCCGCCGUACGUAUUUUAACAAUAAAACACUUGACACAAAACCAUCAUACGACGUCCAUCUAGUCUGAUCAAGAUGUAAAUUUAGAAGAUUAAAAUAGCCUGAUUUACCCCACAAAAGUCAGCUACCUUAAAUGCUACAUAUUAACAAUUCUCAUAGCAACUCGCUCACACAGAACUCCACAAAGUGUAGCUGUAAACUCAAUUACAAAUGCAUACACAAACACAUAUUAGCUGAAACAACUUACAGACCUAUUUGUGCCAAAUCAUAGCGCAGCUGUCCUUUAUCCAUGUCAGACGAGUCUGCAAGGUGACAGUCCAGCCAGAUACAAUGCUGCCACCAGAGGGCAGUGUAUCCUCCAUCGUUAAGCAAAAUACAAUACUUUUUGGAAAGUUAUACUAAGAAAUUGGGGUACUUACAGGGUUAAUACCAACUUGCGUGGAAAUUCGGGCUACGUUGCCAGCUAGGAACGGAAUUUGUUUGUAACCCGGGGACUACCUGUAUUACAGUUAUCAGAUUCACAUUACCCUUGCCAUAAAGCACACACCGUUCCCUCGCACGCCAACACUGGAAGGGUGGAUUUCUAAAGGACAAUUUGUCAAUCUACAUUGAUCAGCUUCUGUUGUUACUCUUUAGAGUACAACACAGUGUCAACAAACAGCACUCAAUGAACGCAUUGCCACACUUACAGUAUGUAUGUAAAGUUAAUGGAAGUUUUGGUGAAAGAGAAUUCUAAUAGGUGUAACUUACUGUAAGAGUCCUAUUUUAUAACACAAAUGAUCUACAAUGAAACAAUUGUAUAUAGGUAUUUUGUACUGAACUAUUGUGUAAAAGAUGCUGUAUGUGUAAAUACAUGUGGUUAAAUAAUAUUGAUCGAUUGGAGUUUUUGACUUGGCAAAGAGAGCGAGUGAUUUGUUGGUGUUUCUUGAUCAAAGUACAUAAUCUGCUCCAGUUUUGGGGCCUGUUUGCCUCUCAGAGAAAAUCUCAUGCCAGAUUGUUGUUGUUCUUGCUUGAAUGUAUUGUCGAGCAACUGUUGCACAAAUAUCUCCCAAAUCCUAUCAUCAUUUUUGUGUCCUUUCAGGGGUUUUUUUCUGGGGAGACUCUGUGUGCCUUAGCUAAAUUUUAGAUCAUUAAACGCCCCAUUAAAAACAAAAAUAUAUAUAUAUAUAAUUUUCCUUUGGGAUUUUUUGUUUGUUUGUUUACCUGAUGUGAUGGUGAUUAUCAAGACCGGUACUGCAACACCAAAAAUAUGUCUGCUGUUGUUGUAUAUAUCAUCAGGCCUUCUGUCCUUAUCUGCUUUUAUUUGUCUUCCCUCCGGGAGAUUUGUUUUGUUGACUGUGACUGGCUUGUCUUACUUUUCUCUCGACUGCUUUUUUUAAAAUAAAAUUCAAUGGACAAACUGCU